CACCUGUUUGCUGCCCCCCCCCAGCCAGGCAGCAGGAAUAUCGCUCAUGGCUUUAACCGCCGCCGCUCGCCCUUUCGUCGUGCUCUAGCCCAGCCCCUUGGAUGUCGUCGGCCGGUCUCCCGUCGCUACCCUCUACCGUCACUCGCUCAAAACCAAGGCCGCUUUUGCUUCCCAAGUGCUUGUCAUUCGCUUGUCCUCCUGAGCCGUCGGGGAUUGAGCCUCCACCACCAAUCGAGGACGUCAUCAUCCCUGCAGGGCCCCAAGACUGACCGACGCCCGGCCAGCCUUUUCGACCAAUCUGCCAAAAGGCGUGGUGGAUUGAACAACAAACAAGCACGCCGGGCGCCUUGAUCAUGGCUCGGCGAUGGGGCGCUACGGCGCUUCUGCUGCUUCAUGCCACGGCGAGCAUACAGGGGGUCGCCGCCCAAGCAAACGGCCCAAACUUUUACAAGAUUAGCACCAAAGAGGAGGUCAAACAGUCGGCAAAGGACCUGGCAUGGCAUGUUAUGACCCUGUACCCGGGUAACCAGACGGGCAAGGAGGUCGGGAUUUUCCCGGGCCCGCCGUCGGAAGGUAAGGGGCCAUACUACUGGUGGCAGGCCGGCGCCGUGUGGGGUGCCAUGAUAGAUUAUUGGCACUACACGGGCGACAGCACGUAUAACAAGAUCGUCACCGAGGGCAUCAUGAACCAGAUCGGCGAGGACCAGGACUUCGAACCCAGAAACCACCGCGCAUCGCUCGGCAACGACGACCAGGGCUUUUGGGGCAUGACGGCAAUGCUCGCCGCCGAGAACAAAUUCCCGGACGCGCCGGGGUCCGGCUCCACGGUGCCCGGAUGGCUGGGUCUCGCCCAGGCCGUCUGGGUCCGCCAGACCCUGCCCGAGCGCCAGGAUUCCGAGUGCGGCGGCGGUCUGCGCUGGCAAGUCCCCGGCGCCGGCUGGGGCCCCGGCCAAACCUACAAGAACACCAUCGCCAACGCUUGCUACUUCAACAUUGGCGCCCGGCUGACCCGCUACACGGGCAACUCGACCUACGCCGAGCAUGCCGAGAAGAUCUGGGACUGGAUGUGGGCGCUGGGCUACAUUGACCACGAGUCAUGGAGGGUUUACGACGGCGCCAACUCCAACCACAACUGCACCAACAUCAACCAUGUGCAAUACAUGUACAACCCCGGCAUCCUCAUGCAGGGCGCCGCGGCCAUGUACGACCAUACCAAAAAAGACAAAUGGAAAAACAUCGUCACCAACCUCGCCAAGGCCGCCAUCGAGAGCUUUUUCGCCGACGGCGCCGCUUUGGAGGCCUCAUGCGAGCCCUACGGGCCCACGAACUGCACGUCGGACAUGGUCAUGUUCAAGGGCUUCGUGCACCGUUGGAUGGCCCAGACGACGCUGCUGGCCCCCUUCGUCAAGGACGAGAUCCGGCCCGUGCUGCGCAAGUCGGCCGCCCAGGCCCUCAAGACGUGCACCGGCGCGCCCACGGGCCGCGCCUGCGGCUUCUUCUGGACCAAGGGCGAGUUCGUCGACCCGGCCCUCACCAGCGACACGCUGGGCGUCGGCACGCGCCUCGACGCCCUCUCGGCCGUCAUGAGCCUGCUCGUCGAGUUCGACGACGCCCAGUCCCCCACCACCGGGAGCACCGGCGGCAACAGCGCCGGCGACACCGGCGCCGGGCUCAGGCACACGCCCGCCACUGGGUACUCGGACAUCACGACGGGCGACCGCGCCGGCGCCGCAAUCCUUACCACGGUAAUAAUCGGACUUGCACUAGGCACGUUUGGGUGGAUCUUGUGGGAGAGAUCAGAAUGAACCAUAUAAGCGACUCUUUAAUUCCAAUCUUGUGUGCACAGCUGUUUCCUUCAUCCAGCCACGUCUUCAUGCUCGGUACCAUCACGAAUUUGCAUCUGGCCCCCACGUCAUGGGCUCCCGCCCGCCUCAUGGCACCGGAAAGAACUGGAUCUGGAGGACAGAUGUAGCUUCUCACGACAUUAACACAAUAUAAACAACCGCCUAUGGACAAAAACCGCCUCUGGUCUGCAUUCGAGACCUACUUCCUCGUCGCAAAGACGUCGCUGAUCCCCGCGACGCCGAGCCCCAGCCCCUCGGCGCCGUCGCAGAGUACCUCCCACAGCCGCUCGACGGGGGCCCCGUCCUCAAAGUCGGCGCCAUCCCCGUCCAGGAACCAGGGGGUGUCGCCCCUGAGGCUGCCCUCGACGAAAGAGAGCGCCAGCGAGACCCAGCCGACAGCCUGGCCCGCGCUGAGGCUGCCCGGUGGCUGGCGGAACUCGACGGUGCCCCGGGCCGAACACAGGCCCGUCAGGUCCCACUUGUACACCUUUCCGCGCACAAAGUCGUGCUUCUUGCGGUGCGCGCGCCCAUAGGCCGACGACGCUGGGAACAUGUUGAGCGCUGCCACGACGGCCUCGCGGCCCGCGUCGCCGCCGCUGUUGCUACUCCCGCCGUCUGACGAGGAAGAGGGCGACGACGAUAGCGUCAUGGCAGCCAUGGCGGCGGCGGCCACGGCCUCGUCGACGGCCACGAAGCACUCGGCCAGCGUCCGCCGACCCUUGAGCACCGGGUUGGCCCGGUUUGACUGGCACCAGUAGGCCGUCGACCCCCGCCGCCCCUUGGGCACGAGCGCGUCCAAGGCCGGCUCGAAGUACAGGAUGGCCUUGCCCAGCGUCGCCAGCUCGUCGGCUUCGAGGGGCGGGUACGUCGACACGUGCACGUGCGUGCUGCAAUUGCCGGACUCGACCACGGUGAAGGACGAGUGCAGCACGCUAAAGAUGACGUCGAGGUCUGCCGCCCACGUCCAGUCCGACGGGUAGACGGGGGAGACCAGCUCGAGUCCGUCUAGGAAAGAGGUGGGGUCCAAAGCGUUAGUGGGCCGCACAGCAAACGUCAACAAGACAGUUUCGUAUGGGGAGCAGAGGGAUAUUACACAGCCCCUUGGCCGGCUGCCCGGGGAUCGUGACCUCGGGGGCGAUGGACCACUUGGUGUACACGUCAGGGGAUUUGUCGCCGGAUUCGUUGAUGUGGUUGUCAAUCCCGGCCUUGGCCAGCUUCUUGGCCACCUCGCUGGCCAGCGACUUCCACGUCGAGUGCUUGCUCUUCUUGCUCCCCAUCAGCAACUCGAUCUCGACACCAAAGUAAAAGAGCCUGGAGGAAGCCAUGAUGACGAGUUCUUGGAGCCCGCUGUCUCGACGAGAGAGGAUCCGGGAAACGAGAGCAAGUGGAAUCUGGCAAACAGGAGCAAAAAGAAAGGACCUGACAGCCGCGCCCUGUCAUGAUUCAACCUUGACAUCGAUCCGCACGACUCUUCAGGGUUUUUAUACUUAGUCUGAGUGAGCCAUGGACACUCCCACGAGACUGAGGUAGCUCCACCGUCCCUCGUUUGGCGAGACGGCACCACACUACCCUAUCGGAUUCAUCAUCGUCUCCGCCCUCCUCGACCGUACCACCACACCCACUCGGCUCGACCACGGAUCGACCACGGAGCAGGUGACCAUGGCCAAGUCGGGGAGACCAGAGAAAGGAUGGAUCACAGCCACUCGACUCAUGAUCCGUCACACCUUCACCUUGUCCGAAGACGAAAGUCCGCGUGAACACCUCCCCGGCCCAACAAUGGAGGGCGCGCGGUCGUGGCCAGCGCUUGGAGCAAGGGGGGAAGAACCCCAGCCAGUCGAGUCAGGUGGCGACGCUUACUCCAUAACGGGCCUGUUAUCGAACUAUCAGAAGACAGGCGAAUCCCAAGCCGUGAAAGCCUCAAGGAGAGUCCGGAGGCGUCUCGGCCAGCGGCUGGCCUGGCCUUGUCUUAACGGAAGCCUUUGCUGGACCUAUCGGCAUCUGGGCAAGGACGAGAUUUCCGGCAGCUAGGCGAGUCCCAGGCCACGAAAAGACCGAAGGAGGGGUCCUAGAUGCCUCGGAGGCCUCUCGAUACGCAGCCAUGUCUCGACCGGCGCCUAUCGACACAGGAAAAGACUGCUGCUCCGACACGGUGGUUGUGGGGAUCACAGACGACGAUGUGCCGUGGCUGCGAACAAAGGCGGCCGGCUCACCCAGGCCGGAUCGUAUAAGCCGCGCGCCCUAGUUGGUCUUGGGCCAGGUACUAUCGACAUGCGGAGCGCCUCCUGGUCAGGCCCGGCGGGUGCCCAGCUUGGCAGAAGACAUUUGUCGGUAUCAAAACCAGUGUCUCACUGCCCAGCCGCCCAGCGAGCUGCGGCGAGACGGGGAGAGCUUGGUGGGGGCGGCGGCGAUCUUGGUGGGAAUAACGAUCAACAACCCCUCCCCUGGCGGCGGCCGCUGCGCAAACAAGUUCAGCAAGGACAAAAAGAAAAAGACGGACAUCAUCGAAACGCCGGGGGCGGAAAAGAGGGGCCGGGAGAAUUGCAGAGCCUCGGGUAGGUGGCCCCACGGCGCUUGCGUCAGCUAGGACUGAGGAACUGAGGAACAGGAAAGAUGGCCACUCGGGCUCAAGUUCACAGGCAAACCUCGUCCGGGAGGCCUGCGAUUCCGGCGGUGAGAGCAGGGCCAGAACGGUAAGCUUCCAAGAAUGGCUCACCGGAUUGUCUCAAGAUCCAGAUCUUUCGGAGCUUAUCAGCUCAUCAGGUCCAUAUGCAGUGGUCUCGAGACCUGUGGCCUAGUGGGGUACUUCCAGGCCGGCUGGACAGAGUGCCCGAAAGGGGUGGGUGUGAUGAGGUAGCACAAUGGUAGAGGUACGGCGGGGAUGCGUCUCUCCGGCCUUGCGGCAAAUGUGAUGUUGGGGGUGGACAUCAGCACAGCCGAUCCCUGCAGGCUGUUUCCCCUUUCUCUGGGGCUGCCAGACCGGGCCAGGCCAAUCAUAGUGGGUGAAAGUCCAGAUUCGGACGGCCUGACUGAUAAAGCCUCGAUCGCCGGGAUCGAGGGAGACCAGAAAGGGGAAAGGCGGCGCAUGUGCAGGGCUGAGACAUCGGGUUAAGCGCCGGGCGGCGUGUUAGAAAUCGAGACAGGUUCCGAGAGGUGAAGCCAGCCAAUUGUGCAAGAAGCCGGGAGUGAGUGGGCGUGGUGUGUUAUUCCCGCACAAAAAUAACAAAUGAUGGAGGCCCCUGGAAGGCGGCGCCAACGGCGUGUAUGGCGUCAAUACGAGCAGUUCCCACCGAGGCAUUCUCGAAUUGAAGUCCCGAGCUCAGGAGCAGCAGCGUUCUGGGAAUGGAGGGUAGCAGUUGCCGGCCAAGAAUGGAACAGACUGGGCAUGUACCUAGGUUCCUCGCUGCAGGCGAUUGAUUGAUUGCAUGGAACUGAACUGAGAGCUCCCGGCGCGUCGGCAACUUCUAGAACAAAAAACCCCCAGAAAAGAGGGUGUGCUCACGCCUAGGUUUUAGCCGCGCCCACAUGGUGGUCCUGCACGUACCAUGCAUGCCAUGGCCACGGCCUGGGCGGCCGCCGCCACUGGCCGGGUCGCUGGGGGCUGGUCGGGGCAGAGUAGGGUGAAGGACGGUGUGAUGGGCCUUGUCCAAGGGGAGCCCGGCGGGGGGGAUGGGGAGGGGAGAGAGGGGAGUUCAGCCAGCCUCCAAAGUGGUGCUGGAACACGCCGACAAGGCCUCGGGGGCAGGGGAAACCUGUCAAGGUGAGCGCGGCCUUGUCGGCAGAGGGGAAAAGCAAGGAAAAGUCGGUCACGCAAAGAGCGGCCUGCCGCAGGUGCUCGGCUGCCCAAAUCGGGACAGCAGAGGCGGGUUUGGGUGAGCUAAGGCUUCUCCUGCGCGCGUUACGCCUGGCACCAAGAUGAACUGAGGAAGGCCCGGCUCAAUCGCAUCCAGACCUUUCGCGGGUACCAUCUCCGGUAGACAGCCCGCCCAGCUCCUUCCUGUGCAUUUCGCAUCCAAGCCCCACUGUGACAUCAAUCGAAAUACCACCAACGGACCUACCCCCACCACAAAAAUAUGGCGGUUCCUUCGAGGAACGGGAACAGGAAUAGGUGUAGAAAUAAUAACAAGAUUAAAAUAAAAAUACGAAUAACAAUAGGGAUAAUAACAGGAAACGAAAAUAAG